AUGGUCAUGGCGGAUGGCCCGAGGCACUUGCAGCGCGGGCCGGUCCGGGUGGGGUUCUACGACAUCGAGGGCACGCUGGGCAAGGGCAACUUCGCCGUGGUGAAGCUGGGGCGGCACCGGAUCACCAAGACGGAGACAAUAGGACUGGUUAAAAUGGUCAUCGCCGCCUUUGCACCGCUCGCUGGGUUGUCUCUCUACCUGGGGUUGAAUGUGAUGAUGAGUGUAAUUGCCAUGACUCAGUCUUUGCAAAGACUUAAUCUGGUAAUGGAGACCAAGAGUAUGUUGUACCUUGUGACAGAAUAUGCCAAAAAUGGAGAGAUAUUUGACUAUCUUGCUAAUCAUGGUCGGUUAAACGAGUCUGAAGCCAGGAGAAAAUUCUGGCAAAUUCUUUCUGCUGUUGAUUAUUGCCACGGCCGGAAGAUUGUGCACCGUGACCUCAAGGCUGAAAAUCUCCUUUUGGAUAACAACAUGAAUAUCAAAAUAGCAGAUUUCGGUUUUGGAAAUUUCUUUAAAAGUGGUGAACUGCUGGCAACGUGGUGUGGCAGCCCCCCUUAUGCAGCCCCAGAAGUGUUUGAAGGGCAGCAGUAUGAAGGACCACAGCUGGACAUUUGGAGCAUGGGAGUGGUUCUUUAUGUCCUUGUCUGUGGAGCACUGCCUUUUGAUGGACCCACUCUGCCAAUUUUGAGGCAGAGGGUUUUGGAAGGAAGAUUCCGGAUUCCAUAUUUUAUGUCAGAAGAUUGUGAGCAUCUUAUUAGGAGGAUGUUGGUCCUUGACCCAUCUAAACGGCUAACCAUAGCUCAAAUUAAGGAGCAUAAGUGGAUGCUCAUAGAAGUUCCUAUCCAGAGGCCUAUUCUCUAUCCACAAGAGCAAGAAAACGAGCCAUCCAUUGGGGAAUAUAAUGAACAGGUUCUACGAUUGAUGCACAGCCUUGGGAUAGAUCAGCAGAAGACCAUUGAGUCUCUGCAGAACAAAAGCUAUAACCACUUUGCCGCCAUUUAUUUCUUGUUGGUGGAGCGCCUGAAGUCACACAGGAGCAGUUUUCCUGUGGAGCAGAGACUUGACGGUCGCCAGCGCCGGCCUAGCUCCAUUGCUGAACAAACAGUUGCCAAGGCACAAACUGUGGGGCUCCCGGUGGCCAUGCACUCACCGAAUGUGAGACUGCUGCGGUCUACCCCCCUCCCUCAGGCAUCCAACGUGGAGGCCUUUUCGUUUCCAGCAUCUGGCUGUCAAGCGGAAGCUGCGUUUAUGGAGGAGGAAUGUGUCGACACUCCAAAGGUAAAUGGCUGUCUGCUUGACCCUGUGCCUCCUGUCCUGGUGAGGAAGGGAUGCCAGUCACUGCCCAGCAACAUGAUGGAGACCUCCAUAGAUGAAGGCCUGGAGACUGAAGGAGAGGCCGAGGAAGACCCCAGUCAUGCCUUUGAAGCUUUCCAGGCCACGCGCAGUGGCCAGCGACGGCACACGCUGUCAGAAGUGACCAACCCACUGGUUGUGAUGCCUGGGCCAGGGAAGCUUUUCUCCAUGAGUGACAACCCCUCCCUUGACAGUGUGGACUCCGAAUAUGACAUGGGGUGUGCUCAGAGAGACCUUAACUUUCUGGAAGACAACCCUUCUCUGAAGGACAUCAUGUUAGCCAAUCAGCCCUCACCCCGUAUGACGUCUCCUUUCGUCAGCCUGCGACCUACCAACCCAGCCAUGCAGGCUCUGAGCUCCCAGAAACGUGAAGCGCACAACAGGUCCCCUGUGAGCUUCAGAGAGGGCCGCAGGGCAUCAGACACCUCCCUCACGCAAGGAAUUGUAGCCUUUAGACAACAUCUUCAGAAUCUGGCAAGAACCAAAGGAAUCCUGGAGUUAAACAAAGUGCAGUUGCUGUAUGAACAAAUGGGGUCUGACGCUGGUCCGAGGCUGGCACCAGCUGCUUCUCAGCUUCAGGACCUUGCAAGUUGCCCUCCGGAGGAAGUUUCUCAGCAGCAGGAAAGUGUCUCCACUCUCCCUGCCGGCGUGCAUCCUCAGCUUUCCCCACGGCAAAGCCUGGAAAGCCAGUAUCUUCAGCAUCGACUCCAGAAGCCCAGUCUUCUGUCAAAGGCCCAGAACACCUGUCAGCUUUAUUGUAAAGAGCCACCACGGAGCCUAGAACAGCAGCUGCAGGAGCACAGGCUCCAACAGAAGCGGCUUUUCCUGCAGAAGCAGUCUCAGCUGCAGGCGUAUUUUAACCAGAUGCAGAUAGCGGAGAGCUCCUACCCCCCGCCGAGUCAGCCCCUUCCCCACCAGGAGACUCCGGCACCGCCCCAGCAGCCCCCGCCGUUCAGCCUGAGCCAGCCCUUGAGCCCUGUCCUGGAGCCUUCUUCUGAGCAGAUGCAGUACAGCCCUUUUCUCAGCCAGUACCAGGAGAUGCAGCUGCAGCCCCUGCCCUCAGCGCCUGGCCCCCGGGCUCUCCCUCCAUUGCCCACACAGCUGCAGCAGCCGCAGCAGCCUCCACUCCCGCCGCCUCCGCCGCCUCCACAGCAGCCAGGAGCUGCCCCAGCCCCCUUACAGUUCUCCUAUCAGACUUGCGAGCUGCCAAGUGCCACUUCCUCGGCGCCAGACUAUCCCACUCCCUGUCAGUAUCCUGUGGACGGAGCCCAGCAGAGCGGCCUCUCGGGCCCAGACUGCCCCAGGAGCUCAGGACUGCAGGAUGCCCCCUCCAGCUACGACCCGCUGGCCCUCUCUGACCUACCUGGACUUUUUGAUUGUGAGAUGCUAGAUGCUGUGGAUCCACAACACAAUGGACUAAGGAGGAGGCUCUCUGGAAUCGCUGCAGAAGUGCCAUGAUAUUGACGAAAGGAAACCGCCUUCCACACCCCCAGUGGGCUGCUCAGCUCAGGACUGCAGGCAUGGCACGGCCACCACGGUGCCAUCACCACCUGCCCCAGCAGAGCCCAGGAGACCUAGGCAGUUUGACAGAACAGUUACUCAACGCAUGAGGGGACAUGGAGAGGCUGCCGAAGCUAUAGGAUGUGGAGAGCAGCCGCGGCCUCUCAGCCAGGCGCGGACCAUCACUGAGCGCGAGCGCAGCCCUUCCCUGCCGCAAUCCCUCCUGUCGCUCAGUCCAAGCAACAUCACUGAGCUCCAUCGCCACCUGCACUGCCUGCAGAGCGAGGCUUCGUUUCCUACCUAGUGACCCAGGGAAGGCUUUGGAACACUGACCUGCCCACCAGUCUGUUGGCCAGGGCGGCGUGCACACGCUGAUGACAGACAGGUGUGUGCUCACACGGCCGGAGAGCCAGCCGCCACAGAAAACGCUUUGGCGAGACGAACAGUGAGGUAACAAUUUCAUUCGGCAAAAAGUGCAAUAGGUGUGGUACUGUUUUUAUUCUGAUUGGUUUUUUUUUGUUUGUUUGGGGUGUGUGGGGGGGGGGUGUUUUUGUGUUUGUUUUUCAAGUCCAAGGGUAUUACUCUGUGCUCUGGGGGAAAUGCAGUCAUUGAGCAAUUCCCAGCAGGGCGGGCAAGCGCCGGUAUUUACAUGCAACUGAUCUGCGUCCCUGAAAGCCACACAGAGCCCGCCCCGUGCCACCCUGCACAGGGAGGAGCCUGCCAUCCGCGCCAACUCCGCACAUCCACCCGAGAGGGAUCCAGGGCCCCCAGGGGGGCUGGAGCUGUGGCUGCAGGACUGUCCGCUGGUCGUGAGCAAGAGCCCCCUCUUCUGCUCAGACCUCUUCCUCACAGUUCAGCCCCCGGUCCCGCAUGCCAGCGGCAGGGAGAUGGGGACUGGAGCCCCUCCACUCGGCCUCCUCCUGACCUGCACCCCGCCUGCCCACCCCAACCACCAGGGCUCCCCGCUCCCCAUCGCCCAGGUGCGGGUGUCAUUAUCCCUAAGGCAGGGCAAAUUAGAGCCCUCCCACCCCUGGCUCUAGGAACUGAGGAGAAGGGUGUGUUCCCAGAAGAGGAGCACUUGGUGAGGAGCCAGAAACUGCAGGAAAGUGGGAAGCAGCAGCUUCCAGUGGCCUGGCCAGGGGCCCCGGUGUGUGCGCCAGCGGCCUAAGGCAGGUGAGCCGCGCCUGCGCAGGCCUCGCCACGUCACACAGGCCUGGAGCUGGCUGGCCACGCGGCCCUCCAUGACAGUAAGAUUCGUACCAACAGUGACACGUAAUAUCCUCCUGUCUCAAAGAAAAUUCCCACUCGAGAGAACUUCCUCACAUUCCUCCUCGUUAGAGACAGCCGCAGUGUCAUUGGCCCCAUGAACAGAGCAGGUGUGGAGCCAUUGCUGCCCUGGGCUGCACGUGUUCCCCUACACUGAGCCCCCUCCUCGUCGUCAGUCACCCCAGCUGCGCAGUCUCCUGGGGCCUAGGUGUCAAAGGUCAGGACUGAAGAACAGGUAGUCACAGGCGGCACAGGCAGGGUCUUUGAGAAUUUGCUUGCUUCUGGAAAUUGUUCUUUGGGAGUUCUUUUGGUUUGGGGUGUUUUUUGCAGAAGUUAUCUUCUGAGUGGUUUGUGGGAUGCAAGAGCAGAAUCACCUGCACAGCACGUGCACCUGCACACUCGGCGUCCCGACCUCCCGACAGGCUCCGCGCGCCGCGGGGGAGAUGGCGGCAGCGGCCUUCCAGCGCCCUUCGGCCCUGGCGGCUCCGCUCCCCGUCACCUGCAGCCUGGCUGACUCUAGACUCCUAGCCAUGCUAGUUGUACCACUAUCUCCUCUCCAUACCUUAUCCAAUUCGAACACAGUUGGCAGCUUCACACGCAUACUAUUACACAGACUGAGAAACGCAGCUGCCCAGACACUUCACGGGUGAUCGUUUUCAUGGUUUCUGCCCGGAGACUUGACUUGUCCAUGAAAAGGAGCAGUAGCUUCUAUUCUUACAUUAAGCGCCUUCCCCCCAACCUCUGCUCAUCCUCACACACUUCGCCGGGAGGUGCUGUCCUUAUCGUUCACGGAGGAAAGCUGGGCUCCGCGGGAAGGGGCAGUGACUUAGCCCAGGCCCAGCGCUCGCAGCAGGGAAGUCAGGAAAAGCACCGGGUCGACUGGCUUCCCGCUGUAUCUGGCUCAGCACACCUGGCUCUUUCCAUAAGCCAACAGCUGUAUCCACAAAGCCCCCAUUGUGGCCAGGUACUGGGAGAAUGACUGCUGUCCACACAGCUGCACCUUCCAACCAGCAGCCGUGGGGCCUGCAGGGAGGGGCACCUCAGGUGACAACGGCGGCUGUCCUGGUGUCCUUGCACUCGAGAAGUUGAGGGAGACACAGACCCUACAAAACCACUUGUCUCCCCACCACCACCCC